AUGUCCUCAAUCCCAGCGUCCCUGGAACUUGGAUCUGUUCUCUCUUAUGGGUCCACAGUCUUUGGCUUCGGUACCGGAUAUACAAGCUUCGCAGCCGACUACACCGUCUAUCAGCCAAGCAAUCGUCCUCGGCGCAAGGUCUUCCUCGCCACGUGGAUGGCCUCUAGCUCCUAUGAUAAAACCGUCCGGCUGUGGGAUGUUGCCACGGGCGACCUCUGCCAGAUCUUCAAGGGCCAUUCUUAUUUAGUGACGUCCGUGGCCUUCUCACUGGACGGUCGGAGGCUGGCCUCUAGCUCUUUUGAUAAAACCGUCCGGUUCUGGGAUGUUGGUACGGGCGAGCUCCUCUAG